GGCGGAGAGGGCCGAGGGGGGCGCAGGGCCCGUGACCCGCCAUGGCUCAAGCCGCCAAACAGCUGAAGAAGAUUAAGGACAUUGAGGCCCAGGCCCUCCAGGAGCAAAAGGAAAAAGAAGAAUCCAACAGAAAGAGGAGAAACCGCUCCCGGGACCGAAAGAAAAAGGCCGAUGCUGCAACCAGUUUUCUGCGGGCAGCAAGGUCAGGAAAUCUUGACAAAGCCUUGGACCACCUGCGGAAUGGGGUAGAUAUAAACACCUGUAACCAGAAUGGGUUGAAUGGUUUACAUCUGGCUUCUAAAGAGGGCCACGUGAAAAUGGUGGCUGAGCUUCUACACAAGGAAAUCAUUUUAGAAACAACAACUAAGAAAGGGAACACAGCUCUGCAUAUUGCUGCCCUCGCAGGUCAAGAAGAAGUGGUCCGGGAACUUGUUAACUAUGGAGCAAAUGUCAAUGCUCAGUCUCAGAAAGGCUUUACACCUCUGUACAUGGCAGCACAAGAAAACCAUUUAGAAGUAGUUAAAUUUCUCCUGGAGAAUGGAGCUAAUCAGAAUGUGGCCACAGAAGAUGGCUUCACACCAUUGGCUGUCGCCCUGCAGCAGGGCCACGAGAACGUGGUUGCUCACCUGAUCAAUUAUGGGACGAAGGGCAAGGUGCGCCUUCCCGCCCUGCACAUUGCCGCCCGCAAUGAUGACACGAGGACCGCUGCCGUUCUUCUGCAGAACGACCCGAACGCCGAUGUGCUCUCCAAGACCGGAUUCACUCCGCUGCAUAUUGCAGCUCACUACGAGAACCUCAACGUGGCCCAGCUAUUGCUGAAUCGGGGAGCGAGUGUCAACUUCACACCACAGAAUGGCAUCACGCCCCUGCACAUCGCUUCCCGCCGGGGGAACGUAAUCAUGGUGCGACUCCUGCUGGACCGAGGGGCUCAGAUAGAAACGAGGACCAAGGAUGAGCUGACGCCGCUCCACUGUGCUGCUCGGAAUGGACACGUGCGCAUCUCGGAGAUACUGCUGGACCACGGAGCCCCCAUCCAGGCAAAGACCAAGAAUGGCUUGUCCCCAAUCCACAUGGCGGCUCAGGGAGACCAUCUUGACUGUGUCCGACUCCUGCUUCAGUACAACGCAGAGAUAGACGACAUCACCCUGGAUCACCUAACUCCACUCCAUGUCGCAGCCCACUGUGGCCACCACAGGGUGGCUAAGCUACUUUUGGAUAAAGGGGCCAAACCAAACUCUCGGGCUUUGAAUGGCUUCACCCCCUUGCACAUUGCCUGUAAGAAGAACCACAUCCGGGUGAUGGAGCUGCUGCUCAAGACCGGGGCCUCCAUCGAUGCAGUCACAGAGUCUGGACUGACUCCCCUGCAUGUAGCUUCCUUCAUGGGGCACCUGUCCAUUGUGAAGAACCUCCUGCAGCGGGGAGCGUCCCCUAACGUCUCCAAUGUGAAAGUAGAGACCCCACUGCAUAUGGCAGCCCGGGCCGGACACACUGAAGUGGCAAAAUAUUUGCUCCAGAACAAAGCCAAAGUCAACGCCAAAGCCAAGGAUGACCAGACUCCUCUGCACUGUGCCGCUCGCAUCGGCCACACCAACAUGGUCAAGCUUUUACUGGAAAACAGUGCUAACCCCAACCUGGCCACCACGGCUGGCCACACUCCCCUGCACAUCACAGCACGAGAGGGCCACGUGGAGACUGCCCAGGCCCUGUUGGAAAAGGAAGCGUCCCAGGCUUGCAUGACCAAGAAAGGAUUUACCCCCCUCCACGUGGCUGCCAAAUACGGGAAGGUAAAUGUGGCUGAAUUGUUGCUGGGCCGAGAUUCCCAUCCAAACGCAGCAGGAAAGAAUGGCUUGACUCCUCUGCAUGUUGCUGUGCAUCACAAUAACCUGGAGAUCGUGAAACUGCUUCUGCCCCGAGGAGCUUCUCCACACAGCCCUGCCUGGAAUGGCUACACCCCUCUGCACAUCGCUGCCAAACAGAACCAAAUGGAGGUUGCUGGUCAUCUAUUGCAAUAUGGAGGCUCGGCCAAUGCAGAGUCCGUGCAAGGAGUGACUCCCCUUCACCUCUCGGCCCAAGAGGGUCAUGCCGACAUGGUUGCCCUGCUGCUCGCCAAACAAGCCAAUGGCAAUCUGGGGAACAAGAGCGGACUCACUCCUCUCCAUCUGGUUGCCCAGGAGGGCCACGUCCCAGUGGCCGAUGUUCUUAUCAAGCAUGGAGUCACGGUGGAUGCCUCCACGCGGAUGGGGUACACCCCUCUCCAUGUGGCCAGCCAUUAUGGAAACAUCAAGCUCGUGAAAUUUCUUCUGCAGCACCAAGCGGAUGUCAAUGCAAAAACCAAGCUAGGUUACACACCCCUACACCAAGCAGCCCAACAGGGUCAUACAGAUAUUGUCACCUUGCUGCUAAAAAAUGGAGCUUCCCCCAAUGAGGUCAGCUCGAAUGGAACCACUCCCCUGGCUAUUGCAAAGCGCCUUGGUUACAUUUCCGUAACAGAUGUGCUUAAAAUCGUCACUGAUGAAACUAGUGUUGUGUUAGUAAGUGACAAGCAUCGGAUGAGCUUCCCAGAGACAGUGGAUGAGAUUCUGGAUGUCUCCGAGGAUGAAGGAACUGCUCAUGUAACUAUAAUGGGGGAGGAUCUUGUCGGCUCCAAGCCCGAGAAGCAGGACUCCAGGGAUGCAGAUGAAGAGAAGGAGCUGGGGGAUUUUGUGCCCAAACUUGAUCAAGUGGUGGAAUCACCAGCCAUUCCCAGAAUCCCUUGCGUCACACCAGAGACCGCGGUGAUCAGAACUGAGGAAGGAGAUCAGCCAUCCAAAGAGUACGACGAAGACUCGCUGAUUCCCAGCAGCCCAGCCACUGAGACGUCCGAUAAUAUUAGUCCCGUGGCCAGCCCAAUACACACAGGGUUCCUGGUGAGCUUCAUGGUGGAUGCUCGAGGGGGUUCCAUGAGAGGAAGCCGCCACAACGGGCUGCGGGUCGUCAUCCCGCCACGGACCUGUGCUGCACCGACGCGCAUUACCUGCCGCCUGGUGAAACCACAGAAGUUGACGUCCCCCCCGCCGCUGGCAGAGGAAGAGGGCCUGGCCAGCAGAAUCAUUGCUCUGGGACCCACUGGAGCCCAGUUCCUGAGCCCCGUGAUCGUAGAGAUCCCCCAUUUUGCUUCCCAUGGCCGAGGAGACAGAGAGCUGGUGGUGCUGCGGAGUGAGAACGGCUCCAUGUGGAAGGAGCACCGGAGCCGGUAUGGAGAAAGCUACCUAGAUGAGGUUCUCAAUGGAAUGGAUGAAGAGCUGGAGAGCCUGGAGGAGCUGGAGAAGAAGCGGGUUUGCCGGAUUGUUACCACCGAUUUCCCCCUGUACUUCGUGGUCAUGUCCCGGGUCUGCCAAGACUACGAUCUGAUUGGCCCAGAAGGGGGCUCUCUGGAGAGCAGGCUGGUUCCUCUGGUGCAAGCCACUUUUCCCGAGACUGCUGUGACCAAGAAAGUCAAACUGGCUCUGCAGGCUCAGCCGGUGCCGGACGAGCUGGUCACCAAGCUUUUGGGGAACCAGGCAACCUUCAGCCCUAUCGUCACCGUGGAGCCCCGCCGCCGGAAGUUCCACCGUCCCAUUGGGCUGCGGAUCCCCCUCCCUCCUUCCUGGAAAGACAAUCCUCGGGACAGCGGGGAGGGUGACACCACAAGCCUCCGCCUGCUCUGCAGUGUCAUUGGAGGAACAGCACAAGCCCAGUGGGAGGAUAUUACAGGAACCACUAAGCUGGUCUACGCGAACGAGUGUGCCAACUUCACAACAAAUGUGUCUGCGAGAUUCUGGCUGUCGGACUGCCCCCGAACAGCAGAGGCUGUGAAUUUUGCAACUCUCCUGUACAAAGAGCUGACGGCUGUGCCGUAUAUGGCGAAAUUCGUGGUGUUUGCCAAGAUGAAUGAUUCCCGGGAGGGGCGGCUGCGCUGCUACUGCAUGACAGAUGAUAAAGUGGACAAGACCCUGGAGCAGCACGAAAACUUCAUGGAGGUGGCCAGGAGUAGGGAUAUCGAGGUGCUGGAAGGAAUGCCCCUCUAUGCAGAAUUAUCAGGGAACCUUGUACCCAUCAAAAAAGCUGCCCAGCAACGAAGCUUCCAUUUCCAGUCUUUUCGGGAAAAUCGGCUUGCAAUACCAGUGAAGGUGCGGGACAGCAGCAGAGAAGCAGGAGGCUCGCUGUCAUUUUUGCGGAAGGCAAUGAAGUAUGAGGACUCCCAGCAUAUCCUCUGCCACCUGAAUAUCACCAUGCCCCUGUGCACCAAGGGCAGUGGAGCCGAUGAUAGGAGAAGAACCUUAACCCCUCUGGCCCUGAGGGAAAGAUACAGCAUUCUCAGUGAGACCACGCUAGGAUCUUCUCUCAGUGGGACAGACAGGGCAGAUCUGAAGAUGGCCAUAAUAUCAGAGCACCUAGGUCUCAGCUGGGCAGAGCUGGCUCGGGAGUUACAAUUCAGCGUGGAAGAUAUCAACAGGAUCCGAGUCGAGAACCCCAACUCACUGCUGGAGCAGAGCGUGGCCCUGCUCAACCUAUGGGUCAUCCGGGAAGGAAAAAAUGCAAAAAUGGAAAGUCUUUAUACAGCACUGAGAAAUAUCGACCGGAGUGAGAUCGUGAACAUGUUGGAGGGCUCUGGGCGUCAGAGCCGCAGUCUGAAGCCAGACAGGCGCUACCCAGACCGAGAUUACUCCUUAUCCCCCUCCCAGAUGAAUGGUUACACUUCGCUGCAGGACGAACUGCUCUCCCCUGCAUCCCUGCACUACACGCUGCCCUCUCCGCUGCGUGUAGACCAGUACUGGAAUGAGGUGGCCAUCAUGGAUGCCAUCCCCAUGGCAACCACGGAGCAUGAUGCCCUGAUGGAAAUGUCUGACAUGCAGGUGUGGUCCUCGGGGCUCACCCCUUCCCUGGUGACAGCUGAAGACUCCUCUCUGGAGUGUAGCAAGGCAGAGGACUCUGAUGCCACUGGCGAUUGGAAGCCGCCGGGACCCCAGUUAGAAGACAUCCAAGGUCCCGACCACUUGGGUUCUUUGGAUCUUGUUGAGGACGACACAGUGGAUUCAGAUGCCACGAAUGGCCUUAUCGAUUUGCUUGACCAGGAGGAAGGUCAGAGGUCAGAAGAGAAGAUGCCAGGUUGUGAGAGGCAGGUUGAUUCAGCUGGAGGGGAAAAGGAUUCAGAGAGUGAAGUCUCUCUUAUUUCAGGCCAGCAGAGGGUACACGCCAGAAUCAAGGACUCCCCGACUGUGAGCCGAGUGAUGGAGAAGAGCAGAGACAGAAGGCAAAAGGACUGGAAUGCAGGUAGCUCAUUUGUUUCCUACAGGCCAGACCCUUCUGAGGGUUCUUGGCAAGAGGAGGUUCCUGGAGGCACACAGUUCCUACAAAGAACCUCGAGCACAGGCCUGGAGCCCAGCGGGUCUCGGGAAGUGGAGACGAUCCUGGUGCCCUCGACCGAGCGAAUGCGGAUAGACUCGGUGGAACAGGCAGAAGCGGAGAGUCCCCUGGUGGAAAGAGAGCGGAGACCUCACCGCACAGUGAGUCCGGCUUUCGAGACCUGGAUGGAAGAAGCCGAGAGCACCUUCUCCAGGCAAGUGAAGGGGAAUGAGAUUCAGCCUAUUCCAGGGGAACAAGUGACAGAGGAACAAUUCACAGAUGAACAAGGCAAUAUUGUUACUAAAAAGAUCAUCAGGAAAGUGGUGCGGCAGAUCGACUCCUAUGGCGAUGGCAACCUGCGGGAACACGAGGAGGUGAUUAGUGAGGGAUCUUUGCAGGAUCCCAGUGAGCUGGAAGUGGAAAUUGAUCAGUUUAUGAAAUAUGCCAAGGUGAGAGGGAGCUUCCUGCAGUCGGAGCUGAUCGAGGGGAGGAAGGGGGCUCAGAUAGUGAAACGAGCCAGCCUGAAAAGGGGGAAACAAUGACCCUCACCCCCGCACCCCCCAUCCCCGAAUGGCCUCUUGGGAGGAUCACACCUCAACACCAAACCACUGAACUCCACACACUUUGACAUGCACACAGGAGGAGAGCCAAAUGUGGAGGGCAGCAGAGCUGGCUGUACAUGACAUGUUUCUAUAGGCUAACGGCAUGACUUCUGUAAGAGACUUCCUUUCCUGUCCCAUCCGCAUGAAUGACUGACUGUAGACGCAUGACCUACAGUACUCAAUCCUGCCUCUGGUGACCGACCUCCGACCGGCAACGGGAACCAGGACAAAAGCAGCAAGAAAGAAUGGCCAAGGGCUCAGUUGUGGCUGGAGGGGUGGCAUUUUUAAAGUCAUUUUAAUUUGGGCUUCGUAGAGGGGCCGUUUUUCAGCCUCAUCGGUGCAAAAUCCACAAGGACUUCCUGAAAAAACAAAGGAGUGAAAUCAGCACGACCCCUAGCCCUCCUCCCUCCCCUGCCAGCCUUACCCCCGCCCCCAUCCCAGACCUCUACUUGUGACCCUGCUUCCUCCUCCAGCCCCCUCUCCACAGUACACACACCACACGCUCCUCUUCGCCCGUUCUAUUUACACAAACACACACAUAGAUUUUUUAACUGUGAAGUCUGAAGUUGUAUAGCAAUCUCCUGUGGAUAAACUGGAAUUUUUUUUUUUACUUUGACUCUCUGCUGGUUUCAGUUUUGACUCAUCUUCCAAUGGAACAGAAUUCAUGAAUUCACCCUAAUGAAUCUGGGGUCGAGUGUUCAGGGCUUGGUGUCAGUCGAAGGAACCAGAACUCCCUUUAGGGUUCCGACGUAGGAGUAGCCCAAGCCAGAGCUUGAUUGUUUUUUUCUUUUUGGAUAGACGGUGUGGAAUGGCUGCCCCAGGAUUGCACCAGCAUGUCCUACAGGGAAGAGGUUUUCUAUUUCAAGCACUAAUCUCCUAGUUUGUGUUUAAAGUGUAAACUGUACAGUAAUCAGCCUUGUGUAUAUGAAAAAAUAAAUACUAUGCAAACCGAUAGAAACACUUUAGCAGUAUGUACAAAGCACUAACAGCUCAGCUCCUGAGUACUUCUUCAGGCUGCAGGGAGGAGCUACAGCCCCGUCCUUUCGCUGGGAAAGGAAGUGGGGAGUAGGUCAGGUGAAUGUAUCCGCGAGAUUUUAGGAGUCUGAGAGGGAAACUUAAAAGGUCUCCCAGAGAAUUAUUGGCCCUUCUAUUUCCGUGAACCUCAACCGGGUGGCGGGGUGGAAGGAAAGUGUGGCCCGGGGCCUGGAGCGGGGAGGGGGUUGGUGGGGAGGGCCCCCUCUGGUGCCAAGCCAAGCACUGGAAGGCGUCGGGCCCCAGCAACCUUUCCCCAAACCCACCCCCAACGUGGGGCCGCCCCUGCCCUCCGAGUAGAAGGUGGACCAGAUGCAGCCACCAUGGGGGCAACUAGCCACAGAGGGAGGGAAAACUGCACAGGUCCCAACCCCCCUCCCACACAUUCCCCCUCCAGCCCCCCACCAAUGCUCUGCUCUCCUUGGGGCAGCAAUGGGAAGAGAUCCUCUCCAUUCCCGGCCUCUGCCCCAAAGGCAAUGAGCCUUAAGGUAACAGCAGCCUCCUGAGGAGGCCAAAAUCAGCACAAAUCCCCCAGGCAGCAGGCGCUAUCCAGGUGAAAAAAACAAGAGUUCUUUCUGACCUGCUCUUCUAGAUGCUAGGAGAGUGUUUCUUUGGAUGUCAAGUUACCUCUCGAGGUUUCUAUGAGAUGCAUUCAAACCUUCUAAGUAGCACAGUGCCCCCGCCCACGGAAUCCAAAUUAUUUAAUCAGCCCCAGGGUCCAUGCCCCCUAAGCAGACAGAAGGCCAACGAGCCGUCUAUUCUGACGGAGGAAAUGGCAGUCCUCCUCCGGCCCCUCGGAAGUUAGACGAGAACUGGCAGACUAUGCUUUCCUCUCCUUUCCAUGCUCCCAGCACUUUACACUGGUGAGCUGCCCACCACAUCCUCCCCAGGCCCCCGCUCAUGAAAGGGAACCGUUGGGACUGGGGUCGCCCUGUCCAGAACAGCUUGCCUUCCGGUUUUAUCUCCCAGGGAUGAAACCAUGCGGACAGCUGCACCCUGCCCUCUGCAGGGCCCAGGGACAGAUUUGCCAAAACUCAUCCUCCGGGCUGAGUCCCCCAGGAGGGCUGGCCCAGGGAUGGAGGAAGCACCACAACAAUUUGCCUCCUCCACCCUCUAGCGAAUCUAUCUCCGCCAACAGACCUCUGCAUUCAGCAAUGGCGGGUGGGGGUAGAAGGGGGAGGCUUUUGAGCCGGUGGCCUUCUUCCUCCUCCAUCCUUUCUGAGAAGACCCAGGGCUGCUGAGAGGAAAGGGGAGCAAAGAAAUUCUGCCAUUUUCCAAGGAAAAUAUCCAUUGUCCCAUUUCUAAUGAUUUGGUACUCUCUUAAAAACACUGCCUAGCAUAAAGCAGACACAGAAGCCACCGCAACCCAGACCACCCAGGCACUUUGAAUGUCCGCGUGGGGAGGUUAACACGCUAACCAGCAGAUGGGGGCAGAUUUAGGCGGUGAGUUUCCCCCUCCCCCAGAGUGGUCCGACUCCAGGCUGGCCCGCUGCUCUCGCAGGACUGGGCGGUGGGACCCCUUCCCUCCGGGAGGGCUGGUGAGAGUGAGGGAAGGGGGUAUCAAUCGGCAGAAAUUCAUAGAGAACACAAGUGAAUGGGCUAUAGGUUUAUCGUCCAAAAGACAAGUGGCACUGAUAGAAAACGUGCAACUCUAUACUACACAGGUACACCUAUAGUAUCCUUUUUUUUUUUUUGUACAAUAAUCUCCCUAGAAUUGCUGAUGCAGCUGAAUCCAAUAGCAUCUUCCUAGAGUCUCAUCCGGGUUUGGACGCUCCGGUCCAUAUGCUUUGGCAUCGUAUGCUAGGUCUGCAAUGACUGCUCAGCCUGCACUUGCACCGGGCCUCUUCGGGGGACAUUGCUUUGCACCCCAAUUGCUAGUAGGAGCUGUUAGGGGAGGACUUUGAGGUCUCAACCGUGAUACCUAGAGAAUGCUGCAGUCUGCGCACUAGACGCUUUUUAGAAGUUUUAAAAUUACUUUUCUUUCUUUUUGUAUUGUUAUGAAAAUGAGCCUUUUGGAUUCUCUUCCACAUACUCUGUAUGAGAAAUACCUGAUGUAUAGAUCAUUCUCCCCUACACCAGCUAAACCGAUGUCAGAUUAAUAAAGAAAUGACCACACAGA